CCAUAAAUUGCGGCGCAGUAGAUAUUAUAUUCUCUUAUAUUGGUAGGCCACAUUCUCUUCAAAUCGUUGCUUUUUCUUCGCAUAUACCAAGGCUCGAUUUGCAUAUCGCGCGCAGCCGCCCACGCUAUCUUCGCAAAGCUCGAAUUCACCUACAACCCAACACCCUGAACAUCAAACAAACAAUGCCCAUUCGACCCGCCAACUUUGCAGAUCUGCUGCCAGGAGCGCACGUGUGUGCCAAAGCAUUCAAAGAUGAAGAUCUCUUCGGCGAACGUAUUCACCCAAAUCGAUCCGCAUUCCCUGGCGACAUGUAUCUGUUCUUCCUGAGACAACUACGAAAGGAUUAUUUCGACGGCCGCACCAUUGUCAUGGUAUCUCACCCCAAAGACCAACCUAGCAGUGUUACUGGUGUAGCAGUCUGGACGCGCAAAGGCCCUGGUGGUGACCGUAUGGCUGCUUCACAAUCAUGGUCUGCUUGGUUUACUGGCCGUUUCCUUAUACCCGCGUACAACUGGCUCGGCUCUCUUAUCUGGCAAAAUCGUGCCGCAGACUCGGCAAUGGUGGAUAUCUUAGACCGUGCGAUGCCAUUCACAGAACACUACUGGAAGACUCCCGAGUGUCUCGAGAAUUGGUACUUGGCGCUUCUUGGUACCGGACCAGAGUACCAAGGUCACGGUUAUGGCAAGGAGUUGUUGAAAUGGGGUAUCGAGCGUGCGACCGAGGAAGGCAUUUGUGUUAGCUUGGUGAGCGCGAAUGGCAAGGAUGGCUUUUACAAACGCUACGGUAUCGACCAGGAAGUGGGAUGGGCUAGCGAAGGUGGAAAGGAGAACCCAAUUCAUGAUAUUGCUGGUGGCAUGAUUUUGUUCUCAAAGAAAUUUGAGAAGUAAUGAGGAUGGAGUUUUCCGGAGUUGGUUGCUGGGUCAAUCGUGUGAAGGUUUAGAGACAUAGAAUGCAUAGAGCUACCAACCACAUCGCACCCAUAACAGAAGGAAAGCACUCGUACAAGAGCGUGUAGAGCCCCCAGGAUGGG